CCCGCCCCCGCCCGCAGCCCGCCCUCCUCGCGGCUCAGCCCGGAGAGCCCGAGUGAGGCGCCGCCGUUCGGCUCGCGCGCCGUCCAGAACAGGUGUGCGCGCGCGCCUGCCCCCCCUCCCUCCUCCUUCUCCCUCCUCCUCCUCCUCCCUCCUCCUCCUCCUCCUCCUCGCGCCCGCCUCGCGCGCGCCGGCCUCCCUCCAGCCUGCGCCCUCCCUCACCUGCGGCAGGACAGCGCCCGCCAGCCCGCCCGCCCCGAUCUCGCGAGAGUGGCUGACUGGCUGUGGGGGUUGCGGCGGCAGCAGGCGGAGCCGGGGAGGGAAAGCAGCGGCGGCUGAGGCGACUGAGGCGGCGGGCGGAGCGGCAGGCGGCGGCGCGGCGGCGGAGCGCAGCAUCAUGGCGGACCGAGACAGCGGCAGCGAGCAGGGUGGUGCGGCGCUGGGCUCGGGCGGCUCCCUAGGGCACCCGGGCUCGGGCUCAGGCUCCGGCGGGGGCGGUGGUGGCGGCGGGGGCGGCGGCGGCAGUGGCGGCGGCGGCGGGGCCCCGGGGGGGCUGCAGCACGAGACGCAGGAGCUGGCCUCCAAGCGGGUGGACAUCCAGAACAAGCGCUUCUACCUGGACGUGAAGCAGAACGCCAAGGGCCGCUUCCUCAAGAUCGCAGAGGUGGGCGCUGGCGGCAACAAGAGCCGCCUCACCCUCUCCAUGUCUGUGGCCGUGGAGUUCCGCGACUACCUGGGCGACUUCAUCGAGCACUACGCGCAGCUGGGCCCCAGCCAGCCGCCCGACCUGGCCCAGGCACAGGACGAACCACGCCGGGCGCUCAAGAGCGAGUUCCUGGUGCGCGAAAACCGCAAGUACUACAUGGAUCUCAAGGAGAACCAGCGCGGCCGCUUCCUGCGCAUCCGCCAGACAGUCAACCGGGGGCCCGGCCUGGGCUCCACGCAGGGCCAGACCAUCGCGCUGCCCGCACAGGGGCUCAUCGAGUUCCGUGACGCUCUGGCCAAGCUCAUCGACGACUAUGGAGUGGAGGAGGAGCCGGCCGAGCUGCCCGAGGGCACCUCCUUGACUGUGGACAACAAGCGCUUCUUCUUCGAUGUGGGCUCCAACAAGUACGGCGUGUUUAUGCGAGUCAGCGAGGUGAAGCCCACCUACCGCAACUCCAUCACCGUGCCCUACAAGGUGUGGGCCAAGUUCGGACACACCUUCUGCAAGUACUCCGAGGAGAUGAAGAAGAUUCAAGAGAAGCAGAGGGAGAAGCGGGCCGCUUGUGAGCAGCUCCACCAGCAGCAGCAGCAGCAGCAGGAGGAGACCACCGCUGCCACCCUGCUACUGCAGGGUGAGGAAGAAGGGGAAGAAGAUUGAUCAAACUGAAUGAAA